AACGGUUUAGUUCGUUUGUGCACUAUUUCAAUAACAAAAAUGAUUUGUUUGUUCUAAAAUGGAAGAAGUGAUUGAUAGUGAGUUUGUUUUUAAGAAACUGAAGGGUUUUUGCAAAAUCAACGAACAGUUUGCUGGCGCAUUUAAGUUAACUGAUAAAAAUACCAGGUUAAAUCGCGGCGAAAAAAACUGCGAGCUUUUGCAUUACCUUGCGCGAAAUAUUAUUACCGUCCCUACAUAUUUUGAAGAUGUUGUCACUUAUUUUUCCGAAGUUUUGCCGAAAAUUGUAUCCUUCGCAGUCUCUGUGGACGCUGCACCCAACAGUGAAUAUCAUAAAAGAAACACUGUUAUGUUGGGGAAAAUAGUACAACUUAGAAAUGACUUGAAAUGGUUUGCAUUAAGAUAUUUUGAAAAGAAUCCGCCACCUUUUACAUCUGAAGAUCAGCAACCUGCCAAGAGAAUCAAAAUGUCCCCAAAUUUUGAUGUCACUGAUUUAGAUAUAGUCGAAUCCUGUUACUGGUUAUUACAAAGUGAACCAUCUUUUUAUGAGAAGAAGUGGGACUGGGCAGAAUUUGCUGAAAAGUAUUUAAACCAUGAAGAGGAAAAAGUACAGUGGAUUGCUUGUCACUGUAUUUCUGUAAUUACUCACAUGAGUGAAAAUCAGUUACAACAAUUUAUUACAUCUAAGAUUUCAAAAGAAAAUCAUGAAAAAUUUUCAUGUAUUUAUAAUUUAAAAAGGACCUUGAUAAAAUCAGAUUCUGUCAAGAUAGCUUUAGACCAGAAUCCAAGUUUCUCAGUUAAUAAAAAUCUAUCUGAUGAUGUAGUCGAAAUUUCUGGUAUUUAUAUCCCCAAGUUGCCACUAUCCUCAGAAUGUAUUGUAGACAAUUUGGUCAUUGUAAAUUCAACUUAUAACAAUUUGAAAAAGAUUGCAUUUGGACUUUCUUCAAACAGAGCCCUUUGCUUGCAAGGUCCCGUUGGUUCUGGAAAAACUACUUUAGUAGAAUAUGUGGCAAGCAAAACAGGUAGAAAGCUAGGAAAAACAUUUAUUAAAGUACAACUGGGUGAUCAGACUGAUAGUAAGAUGUUACUAGGAACGUAUAGAUGUAGUGAUAUUCCAGGAGAAUUUAUUUGGCAACCUGGUGUUCUUACACAGGCUGUAAUGGAUGGCCAUUGGCUUUUACUUGAAGAUAUAGAUUCUGCAAGCAUGGACAUAGCUUCAGUGCUAUCAAAUUUAUUAGAGAACGGAUAUUUAACUGUUCCUGGGUAUCGUGAUUCUUUGCCCAUAGCGCCAGGAUUCCAGUUAUUUUUCACUCAGAGGUUACUUUCAACGAUAAGUGGUCACCACAAGAAACAUUCCAACGCAAUGAUGCUACUAGAAAAGCACGUAUUGCAAAUAAAUAUCGACCCUUUGACCUCCGAAGAACUAAAGCAAAUUUUAAUUACGCACCACCCACAAUUCACAACAAUUGCAGAUCGCAUGAUCAGCGUCUUCCACCUAUUUUCAAAAAAGAUUUCCGAAUCAAAAGAAAUCAACCUACCGAAAACGAGUCGCCUAAUUUCAACACGAGACUUCUUCAAGUGGUGCUCACGAGCGACCAAAGAUUUUGACAUCAGUAGUCAAACUAGCGCUUUGAAAGUCCUCCAAGACGCAAUAGACGUCUUCUGUUGUUCAUUCCCAAAACCGGAAGACGCUUUAAAUUUGGCCAGAGAAAUUAGCACCCAUUUGGGCAUCAUUAACCAAAAAGCUGAAUACUUUUUGAAAAAUUAUAAACCAACAAUACAACAAACGCCUAGUAGUUUGGAAGUCGGACGUGCUACGAUUCCAAGAGACAACGAACGCUUAAUUUUCCGCCAAAACUAUUAUUUCACUCGACCCUCAGCCGUUUUGUUGGAAAGAGUGAUGUGUUGUGUAAACCUCAAAGAACCGGUUCUUCUCGUCGGGGAAACCGGAACCGGAAAAACGUCUUCAGUCCAAUUUCUAGCCAACACGAUCGGCCAGAAAUUGGUCGUCAUCAAUAUGAACCAGCAGUCGGAUUCAGCCGAUUUGCUCGGAGGAUUCAAACCCGUGGAUUUGAAAUUUAUCGUUGGUGCGAUUCGUGAAGAGUUCGAGCAAGUUUUUUGCAGCUAUUUUCAAGUAGAGCCGAACAAAACAUUCCUCGGGCACGUCGCGUUCUGCUACAACGAACAACGAUAUUCUGAUUUGGUUAAAUUGAUGACGAAGAGUUACGAAGCGGCGGUGUCCCGAUUGAUGAAACCUGACGCUUCUAAAAAACAUCUUUUGCCACAGUGGCAGUCCAUCGGGGUAAAACUACAUAGAUUAAACCUUCAGUUGCGACAAAAAAGUGCCUUAGCUUUUGCUUUUAUUGAAGGCAGCUUGGUGAAAGCUGUCGAGAACGGGUACUGGGUACUACUGGACGAAAUCAAUUUAGCUAAUGCUGAAACGUUGGAGUGUUUGUCAGGGUUGUUGGAAGGUUCAGAAAGUUCGUUGUGUUUAUUAGAGCGAGGCGAUAAAGAACCUGUUAAGAGACACCCUAAUUUUACUUUGUUUGCUUGUAUGAAUCCUUCUACGGAUGUAGGAAAGAAGGAUCUUCCAGCGGGAUUGAGAAAUAGAUUUACGGAGUUCUUCGUUGAUGAAUUGACUGAGAAGAAUGAUUUGCUUUUGUUGGUUAGUAGUUAUCUGGAUGCGUUCUCGUUGAAAGAUGUGGAAUUGGGGAAGAUAGUUGAUUUUUAUCUAAAAGUUCGGAAAGAAACCGAGACUACUCUUACGGAUGGUUUAGGACACAAACCACACUUUUCUUUAAGAUCUUUGUGUCGUGCUUUGAUGAUAGCGGCAAGGAAUCCAUGUGGAAUGGUGAAGAAGAGUCUUUAUGAAGCUUUUUGUUUGAGUUUCUUGACGCAGUUGGACUCUUCGUCUUAUAUACUGCUGGAAAAAAUGAUAGGACGAUAUAUGAUUGGUGAUGACAAGUUGUUGAAGUCUGUGUUAAAACAGUCAAUACCACCACCUAAAGAAAACCCAGAUGAUUAUAUUCAAUUUGAGGGUUACUGGGUGCGCAAAGGCAGCUUAGAAUGCGUUGUUUCAGAAGACUACAUUCUUACAGAUUCAGUUCGGAAAAAUUUGAAGGAUUUGGUUCGAAUUGUUUCCAUUGGUGGACUUCCCGUUCUAUUACAGGGUGACACUUCUGUUGGCAAAACUAGCCUGAUAACAUACUUAGCCAAAUCCAGUGGUAACAAAUGUGUACGAAUCAACAACCACGAACAUACAGAUCUUCAAGAGUAUAUAGGUUCUUAUGCAGCUGAUUCCGAAGGCAAGCUAGUCUUCAGAGAAGGCUUGCUAGUCGAGGCUAUGAGAAAAGGUCACUGGAUAAUCCUCGACGAACUAAAUCUAGCCCCUACCGACGUUCUUGAAGCUUUGAACCGAGUUCUUGAUGACAACCGCGAGUUAUUCAUUCCAGAAACACAAGAAACGGUUAAAGCUAAUCCCAGAUUCAUGCUUUUUGCGACCCAGAACCCACCUGGGUCUUACGGUGGUCGAAAAAUGCUUUCCAGAGCUUUCAGGAAUAGGUUCGUUGAAUUGCAUUUUAACGAAAUACCUCCACAAGAGUUAGAAUUUAUUCUACACAAGAGGUGUCAAAUGGCACCUUCUUAUUCAAAGAAGAUGAUCAGUGUGAUGACGGAUCUACAGAUGAGGCGACGUGGAUCUGCCGCUUUCGCUGGGAAAAAGGGUUUCAUUACCCUUCGAGAUCUAUUUAGAUGGGGCGAAAGAUACCGAUUGGCGCAAAAUUCUACCAAGUUGUAUGACUGGGACCAGCAUUUAGCUGAUGAAGGGUACUUGGUUCUAGCAGGACGCGUUAGAAAAGAAGAAGAAAAGAAAGAAAUCAUUACGGUUUUGCAGAAACAUCUGAAACGGGAAGUUAAUCCACAAAAUCUUUUUACUCUGUCGGAUCACACGUCGCCAAUCACGAAGGAUACUUUGACCAAGAUUUAUGACAAUCGGGAUAAGUUUGAAAAUAUUGUUUGGACUUACAACAUGCGUCAACUCGCUGUGUUGGUGGCCAAAGCUUUUCAGUUUAAAGAACCCGUUUUAUUGGUUGGUGAAACUGGUGGGGGGAAAACCACCGUGUGUAAGCUGAUUGCUGAAAUGGAUCAGCGAGAGUUAUUGUCUGUGAACUGUCAUAUGCACACGGAAAGUAGUGACUUUAUUGGUGGUCUGAGGCCCGUUAGGGAUCACGUGGACGAUGUUAAUAAAUUGUUUGAAUGGAUUGAUGGUCCUCUGAUUCACGCGAUGGUGAAAGGACAUGUGUUUUUAGCAGAUGAAAUAUCUCUAGCUGAUGAUAGUGUACUGGAACGUCUUAAUUCCCUAUUAGAGCCAGAAAGAACGUUGUUACUAGCGGAAAAGGGAACAGAUAUAAACAAUUCUGACAACUCAGAGAUGAUUAUUGCUGACCCUAAUUUUUAUUUUGUCGGAACGAUGAAUCCAGGUGGUGAUUUUGGUAAAAAGGAGUUAUCUCCGGCUUUGCGUAACCGUUUCACCGAGAUUUGGUGCGAAUCUUGUACAAAUAGGGACGACUUAAUUGCAAUAAUCGAACAAAAUGUUAAAGACGGAAUUUCUUUUGGUAAUCAACAAGAUGGUUCCACUGGGAUUGGAAAGAACAUAAUGGACUUUGUUGAUUGGUUCAAACAUACAGAAGUAGGAAAAAGAUGUACUGUAAGCAUCCGUGACAUUUUGACUUGGGUGAAUUUUAUUAACAAAUGUGUGGACAAAGUAGGCGUUUAUGAUGCGUAUUUCCACGGAGUAUACUUGACUUUUUUGGAUGGCUUGGGUUCGGGAAUAACCGGAACCGAAAACUUAAUCAGUUUAAAGAAAUUUCGCCUUGAAUGCGAAUCCUUCACCAAAAAUCAGUUAAAAACCGUAACCCAUUCGCACGUAGGUCUCACUGACGAGUCAGUUAUCGAGGAAACUGAAACCCAUUUCGGAAUUAAGCCUUUUUACGUCGAACUGGGCAAUGAAACUCGUCGAACGCCCGCCUUUGCAUUUAACGCGCCUACAACGGCACGUAACACCCUGAGAUUGCUGAGAGGAAUGCAGUUAAAUAAAGCAAUAUUACUGGAGGGCAGUCCCGGAGUGGGCAAGACUAGCCUCGUUACAGCUGUGGCGAAAUUUGGGCGCCAUAAAAUUUUCAGAGUCAAUUUGUCAGAUCAGACGGACAUAUCCGAUUUGUUUGGGGCCGAUUUGCCUGUGGAAGGGGGUAGCGGUGGUCAGUUUUCGUGGAGGGAUGGGCCGCUUCUUCAGGCUUUGAAACAAGGCCAUUGGAUUUUAUUGGAUGAGUUGAAUUUAGCUUCGCAAUCGGUUUUGGAGGGUCUUAAUGCUUGUCUUGAUCAUCGAGGGGAGAUUUUCAUUCCAGAAUUGGGGAAGACGUUUCACGUGAAACCAGGAACUCGUUUUUUUGCGUGCCAGAACCCAUUAAAACAGGGAGGAUCUCGGCGAGGGUUGCCCCAAUCGUUCUUAAACCGUUUCAUCCAAGUUUAUGUCACCUCAUUAACAGACGCCGAUCUGCAUCUAAUAUUAAAGAAUCAAUUUCCGAAUUUGUGCCCCGAACUCUUGGAGAAGAUGUUAAAAUUUAAUUCUCGAGUUCAUGCGGAAUUGGCGAACCACAGUUUUGGGAAUAAGGGAUCGCCUUGGGAGUUCAACCUGAGGGACUUAACUCGGUGGUGCGAGGCGAUGAUCUAUCACUACAAAGUUAAUCCCAGUGACGACAGGGUCUACCAACCUGAAUGCCUAGUGCAUUUAAUUUAUGGCGAUCGCAUGCGAACGCUGAAUGACAAAACUAAAAUAAAUGAGAUAUUUGAAGAAGUUUUCGGGCGGAAAAUUUCAGGAGACGCUGCUAUUUUCUACGUGAAUAAUGAAAAAGUAUUUAUCGGUGAUGCGAGUCUGCAUAGAAAUGACUGCGGCAUCGAUGCGAACGUGAUCAGCGAGGAGAAGAGCUGCCUAGUUUUGAGAUCGCAGUUGCCGCUCUUGAGAAGUUUAGCUUACUGCGUUAAUCUUAAUUGGAUGAGUUUGUUGGUUGGCACUUCGGCGACGGGAAAGAGCUCCGUAGUGCGGACUUUGGCUAAUAUCGUUGGGAAAACUUUAAGAACUUUGCCCGUAACAUCUGCCAUGGAUACCACGGAUAUUCUGGGAGGAUUCGAACAGACUGAUUAUACUCGACAUUUAGAGGAGAUCGUGAGGGAAACAGAGCAGCUUCUGUUGGAAAGCGUGCGGAUUCAGCUCGUAAAAGGUCGACCCUGUACCGAAUUACUCCGUCUUUGGAAGGGUUACUCGAACGUGGAUACUGGGGCCGAAUCACACACAAUGGACGAGGAGAUGAAAUACUUUCUGAAAACACUUGACCAACUGGAGAAGAUUUGGGCCGCUCUGUGUGAAAGCGAGGGCUGUGCCAGGAAAAAGUCUGUACAUGUUUUACGAACGAAGGCCCAGAGAAUAAAAACUUCGGUAACAAAUGAAGGGUCCUUGACUGCUGGUGGAAAAUUCGAAUGGGUGGAUUCGGUUCUCAUAAAAUGUUUACAAGAUGGUUCGUGGUUGCUUGUCGAUAACGUUAACUUGUCUAGCGCGGCCGUUUUGGACCGGCUUAAUGCGCUUUUAGAACCGAACGGAGUUUUAACUGUAAGCGAGAGAGGGGUGAACGAAAAGGGACAAAUGAUCGAAAUAAUACCGCAUCCAGACUUCAGACUGUUUUUGACUAUGGAUCCUAAGAACGGGGAGAUCUCAAGGGCCAUGAGGAACAGAGGCGUAGAAAUUUACAUGCUCAACGAAAAAGAAAAUGGACGCAGGAACAAUUUCGACAUGAAAAGCCUAAUAAGCCGAAAGGGAUUGAAAAAUAUUAACCACAUCGAUUCCUUGCUACAUUUGCAUGAUUUUGUGUCCGAUUUGAUUCUCAGCGAAAAACCAAACGUGAACGAAUUACUACGCGCAUCAGUUUUAAUUUCGCAACAACUCCAACACGGCGUUGAUGACAGCCGCGCAUUUUACAACACCAUCAUGGAAGUUUAUUACAAAACCAGAUCGUUCAUGGAAUUCAGCUGUAAUGAUUUCGACACUGUCAUUCGAACAGAAAUCGGGAAGCUCCUCGUCAUAAACAACGACUCAGGGGUGUUCUGCGAUGACGUGACUUUAAAAACAGAUAAAUUACACGUCUCCUCCAAUCUGGAGAAAAUUAAGCAACAAGCCACUUCUUUGCGACAGCUGCUGCCGCAGUAUAAACUUUCGGGUCGUAUUAAUAAUAACAUGAAAUAUUUGUUGAUUAACUUCUACGGCAUUAGCAGCGUCGAGGAUUUGCAAAUCCGAUUUCGUUAUUUUGCUGAUUUAUUGGGUGAUGAUUGUGGAGAUUUGCUGGCAACGUCGGAGGCUCUCUGUAAAUUUGUUGAGAAGUUUGCAGUUAACUUUAGAGACUUUCCGAUUGAUUGGAGGUGGAUUCCUGAAACUAAUUAUUUGGGGAAAAGUCAGUUUACAAGUAACAGGUUAAUCUUGGGGCUUCACAUGGUUGCGAAUUUUAAAAACGAACAGCUAGAAGCGGGGCUUAGAAAGACGGCGACGGAGGAAAUAUCGUUGCUUGAUUAUAUGUCGCACAGACAAAAAAAUAUUAUUGAUGAUCUAUUCGAUGAUGUGUUAAUAGACGAAUUCUUACAGUUGAUUGAACAAUAUAAUGACUUUUUACUCGACGUUGUUAGAAAGAACGUACAGAUAAGCGACGGAAAUGUAGCCAAAAUACUAGAGUUAUUGACUUGGAGAUUCAUUUUGUACAGAUAUACUUUAAUCGGUGUAAAAAAGACAGACAGACGUCAGCGCUACCUCGUUCUUACUAGUUUAAAGGUGCAUUAUCGUUGGUUUUUAAAGUAUUCAGUGAACAAAGUGAAGUUACUUUUAAACACACAGUUACCCCCUAAAUUGGAAAACGUGAUAAGCAACAUUGACAAAAGUCUUGAGAAACAAUUUUCUCUUUUACAUAAAGUCAGCAGAAGUUUUCAGAAGUGCAAUCACAAUCCUCCUCCAAAGGUAAUUUCUGCAGAAAUAGACUUUGCGAAGGAUUAUCAAAACGCACUAAGACUUUGUGGUGCACACGAAAAAAACAUACGACAUAAAAUGAUUGAGUUGAAAGUAAAUGAUAACAGUGACUUAGUAACCAAAACGAGUGAACUUAAGUCACUUAUGGAAACUUGUCAGGGAGCAUCCACUUUGAAUAAACCCGAAACCGAAUUACUCUCAAUUAAUGAACACUUGGUUCAACUUCUGUUGAAGAAGUCAAUGCUUACAAACGACUUUGAAGUUAAUACUCAGGAAUUUAAAACAUGCGUGACUCUGCCAAUCGAUUUAGUCACCAAUAUUCUACUUUAUAUUCGAACAAAAGAUGUCAGGCUUACUCACGACCUAUUAAGAGCCUUCUUUGUGUACUUAACAAAUUCAGGAAGCCUUCGUUACCGUCGAGGUGACACAGAGCUCGUUUUAUCCAAUUUUAGCCCAAUAUUGACACAGCAUUUGAGUUCUUUAUUAAUUAGUGUUACCAAUGAUGGCGUGACUAAAUUUGGUAGUUUCAGAGAAAUGAUGAAACAGCAUCGCCAAUUGAAUUUGACAUUGUGGCGCAAUUUGCAACAGCUACAAAAUCGUGACUAUGAUUAUCUACAAACCGAGCGCCAAUAUAUUACUAAUAGUUUCGAAUCAUUCGUUAAAACUUUAGCAGAAAGUUUGAAUAUUCAAGGCGACAAUUUCAAUCAAUUAGUAGAAGUUUGCUUGCAACACUUGUCGCAACUGAAAGACUCAAGUGACUUAAGUAACUCUUUCCUCCAUCAUUUGAGUAUCUGUGCAGAAAAUUACUUUAAUUUGGACGCCCCCAGAGACUUCCACGAGAAUCUUUCCCUCGUUUAUAACAUGCAUAUGGCGUUGAGCUAUGCCAAAGCCAUUCUCAACUCGCGAUUACCCUUAAUAGACCCGUCAGCAAAGAAAUCCUUAAAGAAGAGAUACUGUGUUGAAAACAUUAGUAAUUUCGAGGAUUUAAGAGAUAGUUUUCUUAAUGCGAACGAAGUUUAUAGUGGCAAUGACCAAACUUUGCAUUCGCAUUACGCGCCCGUGAUGGAAAUGAUUAAAACUUUGAAGACUAAAAACGAGAAUCUGGGGAGUUACGUGGCGGUUCGUCCUAAAGAAGUCUUAUACGACGAGAUCCUCAAGGUUGUGAAUCACGGCUUUUCGACGAUUUUGUCUUGUCACUACGUCGACGGGAUUAUUGCGACGCUGGAUAAGUCGAUCAGGGAUUUAAUCAAAGCCGACUCUAGUUUUUGUCCAGAGGAUUGCAAGCGCAUUUUAAAACAGUACGAGUCUGCGGUUUCCAGUUUCACAAAUCUCAUUUGCGAAUGGACCAAAUUUAGUCCGUCUUAUCCUGAUGUUAUCGAGCCUCUUUUAAGUAAUGUGAGCGAGUUCGUCUACGGUCUCAAAUCACAUUUGGAGCUGUUGAGGAAACUUGUGUUGCGGCAUGAGUACAAAAAGUUCGGGAUUGAUGUGCAGGAGGAAUUAGUUGCGAUGGUGGGGAUGCCGAAUCUUGACCGGGAACAUGCUGAAUAUGAAGCUGUAAUUGAAGUUUAUACUAAUCCCAGGGUUUAUGGUUUCAUUGAACAUGUUUUGGGGGAUGAGGAACAACCGCAUAUCAAAAAGCAGGAGAUUUUGAGAUUGCUGAAAUGCGGACUUCAGGAAAGUUUUAAUAACUGCGUGAUAGAGGCAAACUCAGCGGGGAUAUUAAAUUUUUCACAUUUCGAAAAUUUUAUCAAAGCUUUCGUAACUUCAUGGAACGAACAAGAAAAGAAUCGCGAACGUGUAGAACAAGAAGCCGAUGCCUUAUACAGAACCAGGACGAAAUGCGACGACAAAACCGAAGCCGAACAGAUCGAAGACGAAUUGAAAGAACUAUUCCCAAACUACCACGACCAAGAUUUUGCAGAUAUGCGAAAAGCCGCUAAUUUAGCGGAUGAUCCUACACCUACAUCCCGCGAUAACAAAUUCGCCGGGGUAAUUUCAAACGAUGAUAUCAAAUUCGUUGUUGACUUGCAUGUAAUGCUAGUCCAGAGUUUCACCAAAACGGAGUGGUUAAAUCCGGAUAAAAAUAAAUGUGCCGUGCCGAAUUUCAUUCAUCCUGUAGUUGAGAAGUACAAAUUAUUUAAACAAAUUUGCAGUAAGGUUUUACCCUACUUGGAUUACCGAAUGGAUAAAGAAUUAAUAGAGAGUAUAAGCGUCUUACUUGCCUUCGUACAGAAUUACGGAGAUACGAAUAAUUUAGCCGAGUAUCCUUCCCCUAUAAAAAUUCUACAUAACAAACGGACAGACUUUUACAAAGACUCGAAUGUCGAAGAAGUUAAAAGUUCUUUCCAUAUUCUGGAGGAACUGAGAUCGCGUGUUCAGGAACUGUUGGAUGAGUGGCCAGACCAUCCAACACUCAAAACGAUUAUGGUUAUCGUCGAAAGAGUUUAUAAUUUCGACAUCACGAGCCCCUUGUCAAGAUUCUUAACCGGUUUCGAAAUCCUCUUAAGUAAAUGCCACGAAUGGGAAGAAGUGGCUCAUUCAGGUGUUAGUUUAAGCCAAUUCUCCCAAACUAUCACUCAACAAAUUAUCGCGUGGAGGAAAAUGGAACUAAACGUUUGGAAAGAUUUACUAAACAGUACGUUCACCAGAAUGAACGAUCCCACAUACAAAUGGUGGAUUUACUUAUUCAACAUAAUGGAACAAUUUACCAUUGAAGAAAAAUUUACUGAUACUGAAUUAAUAGAAGCACUUCAGAAUUAUGUCACGAAGUCAAAUUUGGCCGAAUUCCAGAAUAGAUUGAAUUUGCUACACGCGUUCCAUUGCCAUGCUGUACAUUUAAAACAAACAGAAAAAUCUACGGCUUUCAUCUGCAUAUUGUGGAACGUUUAUAGUUAUUUUCAGCAAUUUAGCUUAACUGUUGCUAAUAAAAUCAAGGAUCUGAGAGCUCCGAUCGAGAAGAAGUUAAAGGAUUAUGUGAAAAUUGUCAGGUGGAAGGAUGUUAAUUACUGGGCGAUUAAAGAAACGGUGGAUAAGUCGCACAAGACUCUUCACAAAUAUGUCCGAGAAUUUAGGGACGUACUAAAUCAACCAGUGUCCACGUACUUGGUCAACACGAACACUUCCGCCAAAAUUGAAAACGUCGGAAUUUGGGACAGACCGCAGAGGAAUGUGGUGAAGACAUAUCAUUACACUUUAGACCCAACAACAUACGUUGCCAAGGAGUCACUCAAAAAGAAAUUAAGCUCCCCAAGUUCAAAGAGUAGUCAUCAGAAAGUUUUAAACAAAAUAGACUCAUAUUUUACCGAAGUGCGCAAGUUGUGUAAAGAUUCGAUUUCGGCGAUGAAAUAUCCCAAGAUGAUACAAACUUUAGACAAUUUAGUGACGCAAAUAAUCGAGACUAGCGCUCAUCUGCAAGCUCUGGAGGUGGACACGAGUUUACCCAAAGCCAAACAAAAGUCGUUAGCCAAGAGCAUAUUAAAUCAAAAACAUAGGGCUUUGGCAGACUUGUUUAAGACUUUGUCGAAAAUGGGUCUUUCAUUCCGCUCCGGAAUCAUCGAGGCCAGGUUAAAAAUAGCAGCGGAGGACUUCCUAUUGAAGCCAGUGGACAUCAGUGCCAACUUCAGCCACAUCAACUAUAACCGGAAGGACGAAAAAAUUCUAACCAUUUGGGACAGCUGCGAGAUGUAUCACUUAAAAUCUUUGAUGAGAGCGGAUGUUUUAGAUACGGCUUUGAAAACUCCGGCACAGGAUUUAGGCCAACAAAACAUAGAGAGAUGUCGAGGAUUUUCAUCGAACUUGCUGACGCUUGCUCAAAAGCAUAAAUCUCAACUCACUGAAAGCAGCACUCUAUUUUACUAUUUGCGACAUUACACGACCCAAAUGACGAAACUAUGUGAAGGGAAACAGUUCUUACAUAUAAAAACAGCUGAAAAGAUCCAAAAGGCAAUGAAAAACAUCACGAUUGUCAUGAAUCAGGCCAAGAUUAUUUUAAAUACAAGUCCGGAAGAGGACUUCACCAGUUCCGAAACAUGUGACAUUAUUAUUUUAAAACCGGAACCUCAAGAUUUCAUUCAAUACAAACGCGACCAAAUUUGGAACAACACGAAUAGUAUAAUGACCGACAUAUUGAAUUUGGCAAAUAGGAUUAACCACGAGUUAGAGAAAAGUAAAGGGGGAAUCCCUCAUACCGAUUUUAACUUAGCCGAUUUAACCUAUAUCCCCAUUUCCGAUUUGGAAUCCCUUGAAACUAAGCUAAAUAGCAUUCAAACGAACUUACAACAACUUAAUUCUAUUUUUAGCGACACUAAAACGACCAGAAGUAUCUCAUGGCUACAUUCUGAACUUAACGAAUUAACAAAAACUCUGUAUGAAAGCAUUCAAAUAGAGUUCAAUAGCAAGACUUCUCUUGCUACGCUAGAAAAAAUCGUUAAUAACUUGUCUGACGAAAUAUCGCGCGUGAUUCAUAACGUUCACAAAAAGUAUUCGGCUCAAAUCGACGAGAUUUCCCAAGAGGACACUCAACAAACACAAAUAGAAGAAGAACAUUUAAGAGUUUUAAUCGUGGAGAAUCUAGAAAAUGAUUUCAGGGAUUUAUGUUUCGGCAAUAUAUUGAAUUUAUGUCACGAAGUGGCGCAACACUUUUUCGCCGUUCCUUCAGAAUACUUGGAUGAACAUAAAACAUUAAUUUCGUACGUGUUGCCUUUAUUGGAACAAAUCAUUCUCUACCACCAGUAUUUCUUAACGCAGCAAGUGUCCGCAUAUAGGGUUAUCUGCAAAAUGAAUUCGGUUCUUCUUAAUAUCUUCAUUGAAUUAGCGUCCAAGGGCUUUUGCGUACCUCCUGAAUUGACCGAUGAGUCUGAGGAAGGCGUUAGCAAACCUUCGGACGGUUUGGGAUUAGGGGAAGGACAGGGUGAAAGAGAUGUUUCUGAUAGAAUUGAGUCUGAGGAUCAACUAGACGACGCGCAACCUGCCGGACAAGAAAAAGAAAAGACUGAAGAUGAGGAUUGUAAAGAAGAAGAUAAAGGAAUAGAAAUGAGUGAAGACUUUGACAGCAAAUUGCAAGACGUUAAGCCUAAAGAAGGUGAAGAUGAUGAAGAAAGUCAGUCGGAAUCAGACGCGGAUGAACAAAUGGGUGACACCGAGAAGGAUGCGAACAAACAAGAUAAGGAAACUUUCGGUUCGGAUAAUGAAGAAGGAAAUGAUAAUAGUGAAGAGAAAGAAGAACGUGGCGAAGGAGGUGAGAAGGAUGGAGAUCAAGAAUUGGGGGCUAAAGACGACGAUAAGAGUAAAGGUGACGAUAAUAAACCUGAUAAAGAUUCAACCGAAGAGAAAGAAGAGAAUAAGAAGGAAAUAAACGAAAUGGAGGAACCGGAAUAUGAUGACGAACAAACAGACCCCUAUCAUGGAAAUCAACCAGAACUACCGGAGCCCGAAGCUAUGGAUUUACCCGAUGACUUACAAUUAGACGAAGGGCAGGAACAAGAUGAAGACAAUCAAGAAGAAAAUCCGUUUGAUAUUGACACAAUGAAGGAGGAUAAUCCAUUCGAGACUAAAGAUAAAGAAGACGAGCACAAAGAAAACGAAGAAGAGGAUAAGCCCGAGGACAAUUACAGCAGCGAUGACGAAGACAUCAUUAAAACACAAAACGAUGAACUUGAUCAUGAAGAAAAAGAGGAAGAUUCGGAAACCAAACAACCCGAUGAGUUACCAGAGAAGGCACAAGAGGAAGAAAAUAACGACGAUAAAGGGGAUCAAGAAAAUGAAUCAGGGAUGGAUCAAACCGAAACUAAUGAAGAUAACGUCGAAGCAAUGGAAGUAGACAACGCGGAAGCUACUGACAAGACAAUCCCCAAGCAGUCCCAAAAUCAAAAAACAAAUCAACCAAACGAAGAAUUGUGCCAAGAAGACAAACCUGAUAAAGAAGGUGUAGGACAAUCACAAAUGGAAGAAAGUUCAACGGGUCAUACAGCUCAAACUACGGCACCUCAAGAAACACAAGGUUCAAAACGACAGAGAGACGAUGAGCUUAAAAAACAACAAAAACCUGGAGAAUCAGAUAUUCAACGAAGUUUGGGCGAUAUUAACGAACCUGUGAAAAAGAAACUAAAAACUGUGGAUGCAAAAGACGAUGGUAACGAAGAUGAAGGGGAAGAACUUGAUCCAGAGAAAAGUGAAGAAGCAGAAAUGUACAAACAUAUCAAAGAAGCUAAAGAAUCGUCCACGCAGGUCUUGGAUGUGGCUACAAAGGAACAAGCAGAAACCCAGAAAUACGAAGUGCCAAAUCCUGAAGAAGAAGAAACCGGAGAAGACCCAACAGAAUCUUCUGAGAAUUUACCAGCGGAAGAAGAAGAAGACAUACUUGAUUCCGCAGACGCAAAUAGUCAAAAACCAGAAAAAACCGAAUCAAAGAAGACUAAAAUUGAUAAAAAACAACAUCCCGAAGGUGACAUACUAGAAGAACUCCAAGACAUAGAAAUAGAAGGCGAUGUUGUUGAAACAAUGGGAGUUCCAAGAGGUACCGACACAACAUACCACACUUUAUACGACGAACUCAGAAACAUGUCAGCACUCAGGCUGACCCAAGAAGAAAUGAACUCGUUACGUUCAAAUGUAGAAAAUCAGCUUUCUUCUUGGAGCGAAGUACCAUCGGACAUGGAAGCCGACCAAGCUUGGCAGAAAAUAUCUUCCCUCAUGUCAUCUUUAGCCCAAGAUCUCUCCGAACAACUUCGACUUGUACUGGAACCGACACAAUCCAGUCGUUUAAAAGGGGAUUACCGAACAGGUCGUCGCAUCAACAUGCGAAAAGUCAUUCCAUACAUUGCGUCACAAUUUCGAAAGGACAAAAUCUGGCUACGGCGCACCAAACCCUCAAAACGAGAGUACCAAAUAGUCCUUGCCAUCGAUGAUUCGUCCUCAAUGGCCGAUAAUCACUCCAAGGAACUUGCAUUUGAAAGUGUUGCUCUAACUUCCAAAGCACUCUCGUUGUUGGAAAGUGGUCAACUCUCGGUUGUCAGUUUUGGCGAAAAUACUGAGAUUCUGCAUAAACUGACCGAUCAGUUUACCGACAAAAGUGGCGUUAAAUUGUUGCAGAAGUUUAAGUUUGAUCAAAACAAAACGUGCGUAGCGAAGUUAGUCGAUUUUGUUACAGAAAUGUUCGCGCAGUCCCAAAUGCAUUCUUCCGCUUUGAAUGCCAAGCUAUUAAUUAUAGUUAGUGACGGUAGGGGAGUGUUCUCGGAGGGUGAGGGUGUUGUCAGACAAGCUGUUAGGAGGGCGAAGUUAUCAAACAUAUUUAUGGUCUUUGUUAUAAUUGAUAAUCCCGAAAACAAGAACUCUAUUUUGGAUAUUCGAAUGCCGACUUUCAAGGAUGGAAAGCUCUUAGGAAUACAGAGUUAUAUGGAUGUGUUUCCAUUUUCGUUUUAUAUUAUCUUGAGGGAUAUAAACUCGUUGCCAAAUGUUUUAAGUGAUGCUUUAAGACAGUGGUUUGAGGUUGUAUCAAACUUAGAUAAACAGUAGGCUAUUAAAAAUAAACAUUGUUAUGAUUUUAGUUUUUAAGAAUCGUUUAUAUCUUUUUACAAUUGUGUUUUAAAAUGUAUGUAUGUCGAUAAAUUCAAUAAAAUGUUUAUUUUAGAA